GAUUACUUCAAAUUUUAAGUGUUUGGAAAUACAGAUUGAAAAACAAAAAACAUUAAUAUAUUCAGCAUGAUUAAAUCGGAUAAACAAUGUUUUACUUGGCUUGAACUGAAUAACUCAACAACACUGCAUGAUUUGAACAACCAGUUCACAGAACGGCAUAUAGGUGGAAUAUUUUUUACUUCAGUCUUAAUGGUGCUUGGGAUAUUUGGAAAUUUUGCUGUUCUAAUUAUAUAUACUCAAAGAUUCAAGGUAUCAAAUUACAGGACAUACACUAUAUGGCUGGCCAUCAUGGACAUUGCAAACGCUUGUAUCGGAAUGCCUUUCCUUGUUUACUACAUGAGCCAUUACUUAACCUUUCCAUCUGAUGGAUUGUGCAAAUUCGGCCGAUUCACGAUGGUCUUUACAACAAACUCCUCAGCCUACAUUUUGGUGGUAAUUGCUUUUGAUCGAUACAGAAAAGUCUGUAAGCCUUUAAAAAGACAACUUACUUCUACAAAUACAAACGUAUGUUGUGUAUCUGCCACUAUUUUAGGACUUAUGACGUCUUGGCCGUGCUUGGUCUUAUAUGGGAUUAACACUGCUGAUAUGGCGAUUCCUUGGGUUAAAGAGAUUCGGUGUUGGACAGAUGACAACUACAUAGAUACUGAUUAUCCUAAAAUUUACUACAUUGUUCUUUAUAUCUUCAAUUUUCUAGUUUUCCCUAUCUUGUUCGUCGUAUACGUACAGAUCUUACGUUUUUUACAUAUUCACGGAAAAAGCGGAGUUCGGGUGAAAACUAAAAAAACUACAAUAACCCUUUUAGCUGUUUCUGCUGCUUUCUUGUUGAGUGCUAUUCCACAUUACAGCUUGGUUGUGAUAACUCGAUUUCAAGAAGACUUCAACUGUGAAAUGACUUUUGCCGAAGGAUUUGUCUACUACACAUUUGUGUUCUCUAUUUUGCUGAACAAUUCCGUAAAUCCUUUCAUAUACGGCUUAUUGGAUACAAAAUUUAAGCGUGAAAUACGAAGUAUUUUCCAAAUAUGCCGAAAAGAUAAAAGAGAUGCAACAAGCCGUAUAGCAACUGAGUCAAUGGAAUUAGAUUUAAAGGAUCCUAUGCAGAUUUGCGUCAAUGAACAUGCGCAGUCUUCAGAAACAAACCUCAAUGAUUAAUCACUAUAUGACGAUUUCCAAAUUUGGCGAAGCAAAAAUAUGCUUAUACUUAUAAAUGAAAUUAGAGAAUAAGUGAGCUUUAUUUCUUAAACUUUAAAAGAUUUCUUAAACUGAUGUUAAAAGAUAUCCAUGAUACUAAUACU